AUGUCACGAAUAUGCCCUACUCCGACCUCGUCAAUUGACGCCGCGGGUUCCACCUCUUCUCCAAUUGCACUAUCAGAUGAUGGAGAAUUUGCCGCGCAAAUAAAUGGGAAAGACCUCAUUAUCCAUCUGAACCCAACUUCAUCAGACUUCAAAGAAGUACAAAUCGUCAGGGUUAAGGAAGUCGGGUGCAAGUUCUUGAGGUUCUCCCGCAGGCAAGGCACAGCAAAAUCACGGCGAUUGUUCUGCGCAAAUGAUACUCGCAUCGUAACUUGGGACUUAGAUCCAUUGCAGCAGUAUGCGGAGAUUGAAAAUGUCGAGCCUGGUGCCCUGAACAUUGACUAUGGGGCCGAUGAGAAUGAAAUUGUUGCUUUCCACGCCUUCAACACUAAGCUUACUAUCUUUGGGCUGGACUCUGGCCGCAGCCAUAUCAUUAAAUCCCCCAAAUUUUCGCAUCAGAACGGUUUCGGAUAUCGACCGAAGACUGGGCAGCUUGCUAUCUUGUUGAAACCAGAAACAAGUGACCUGCUCACGGUACACGAAGCUCAGUCAUACGAGGUUAUAGGACGCGACACCCUCCCGACGGUUGAUGCUCAAGGACUGAAAUGGAGCCCCGAUGGGCGAUGGAUAGCUAUAUGGGAAACCGCGAGUGCAGGGACGAAGGUCCUCAUCUUCACUGCUGAUGGGCAACUUUUUAGGACUUAUACAGGUUUGCCAGAGUCUGAUGGCUUAUUUGAUCUGGGCGUUAGAAGCAUCGAAUGGAGUCCCAUUGCUGCUCACAACGGCUUGUCGCCUGCUUUGGCUGUUGGUAAGGUGGAUGGUACAGUGGACCUGCUGGGGACGAAAACGUUCUCAUGUUCGUCCACCCUCUCACAUGUCUUACAAUCCGAUCAAUACUCUCCCAGUAUAUGGCGGGAACGCUACGCCGCUGGGGGCAUGGCCCUAGAAUAUGCUGAAUCACCAAGUUCUUCUGCUUUCUCAAACUUUCCUGAGCCCAUGGGCACACCCCGUGGAGUAUCGUUGAUGGGAUUCAGCCAUGACGGUAAUCUACUGAGUACCGUGGAUCAAACGCGGCCGAACAUUGUCUGGAUAUGGAGCUUGGAGAAAACUCCAUCUCUAAUCUCAGUUCUUAUCCACGAGCACGCUGUCCGGCAGGUAAUAUGGCAUCAUUCAUGUACACAGCUACUAAUCACGACGGCAAAUAAUGCUCUUCCCGGCGUCCGAUAUUGGAGUUCGCACCGAUCACCAUGCAUCGUCCGCAUCCCGAUCCCAAGAAGCGAGAGCGGAAAAUACGACGUCCGCUGGUUAUCUUCGGAUGGAACUGAGAAUUCCAGGUUCUGGUUUGGCUCCCAAGAUGAUUAUAUCUUAGGGUUCGUUGCGCUGGACGAAGAGCGUGGGCCAGAGUUUAAAGGCAUGAAUACCCUUGGUGGAAGAAUGAGUUCAGGCAGCCAGGUAACCGAGCCUGGGCCCGUGACCAGCCCAGGGCUUAGGGUUACAAUCCACGUGACUGCCGUCUUCCCCACUCGAAUUUUGCACUUGGGCUUAACUUCGGACGCCUUCAGUCUCGCAGCUCUCAACAACCACACAGACGACAAAAUGGCUCCCGCAGGCAAGCAAAAGAAGAAGUGGUCCAAGGGCAAGGUCAAGGACAAGGCCCAGCACGCCGUCGUCCUCGAGAAGGCCACCGCUGAGAGGCUCAACAAGGACGUUCAGUCCUACCGCCUGAUCACUGUCGCCACUCUCGUCGACCGUCUCAAGAUCAACGGCAGCCUUGCCCGCAAGGCCCUCGCUGAUCUCGAGGAGAAGGGUCAGAUCAAGAAGGUUGUUGGUCACUCCAAGAUGAACAUCUACACCCGUGCCGUUACCGCCGAGUAA